GAUAUUUCUCUCCAGCCUGUCAAAAGCCCAUGGCACCAAUCGGAACGCACGUCUCUCAGGACAAGGGGACGCCAACUAAGUACGCGCGGAUGGAGAGCUGCUUGGAGAGUGUUGGCGGUGCAUAAUCGCAUUAUCUGAUCUGCGAAAACGCAGGCUGACAGCCCAGUCUCAUAAAGAUAUUCUUUAUUAGUAGUUUUUUUAAAUUGUUUUCUCCCAUUCAUUAAAAUGCCACUCUUCAUAAACCGAGACCAGAUAUUUGCGCACCAAGUGCACCUUCUGGAGCACAAACUGCGGGUAUGUCUAUUUUUUCAUUUAGCGUAAAUUCAACAGGUAUGACAGGUGAAGCUAAAACGACUGUCAGUUAUUUUGUGAGAACAAUUGUUAAUCGUUUAGUUAGUAAGCUAUAAUAACUAUUCGAUUAAUUACAAGGCCUAUUUUAUUUAUUAUCUUUAGUAAAGGAAUUUAAAUGGAAUCAGAUAAACCUCACUGACUUUACAACGUCAAUAAACUAGCAGCGUUGGCUAAUCUGUCCCGAACGUUUCCAGAGCAAAGAAGAACGCAUUCUGGAGUUGGAGACUGAAAAUGCCAUUCUUCACCUGAGGCUCGCCGAUGUGAGUUGAGUCAUUGGAGAAUACAUUUUAAUUGACUGUGAUAUUUUAACACCCCAGUCAGUGCCCAUUGUGUAGGUAGCCAAGCAAAGGUCGUGGUACCCAAUUUAAGCACAUCAUUGGGUGCCACAGAUGGAUAAGUUUACUGUCUGCAGAAUUUAAUUAGAGUUUAAGAACUGUGUAAAAAGCAAUAUAUAAACAUGUUAUUUUUGCUUGUUUAACACGUUUCCUGUCAAUGUUCACUUCAUGGAUAGCUCCGAAAUGGGCCCAGUAUGGAGGCAUAAAAUGAACACUAGCCACCAACCAAAUGCUGGUAAAAAGUCUGAGUGGCUGGUUAAUUUUUUUAUUUACUACGUCCUUCCUGGACCAAAAAGUGGGUUUCGGAUGUCAAACUGGUGACUUGUCACUGUAUGUCUUGGUAAUGAUGGUUUCUUACCCUCUUCUCCCUCUCCAGUGUCUGGGGAAACUUCGUCGGGAUCAUGCGGAAGAGGCAGAAGCAGAAGCCCAGAAGCGUUGGCAGCACCAGAGAGUUGUGCAGCAAAGCACCCAGUCUGCCCUGGCCAAACUUCUGUCUGAAGUACAGGUACAUACAACGCCAGAGUUGCACAGCAGUAUUGUUUGGUUUGGUUUAGUUCAGAGGAGGAAGGCCAACAUGGUGUCCAUUGGGGUUGCCAUGGGCAGGGUUGCCAUGGGCGCCAAGAGAGACGUCAUCACUACCAGCACAGGCACCAGCGAGGUGCCCUCACUCUCCUACGUGUGAGUGGUCCUUUACUGUUUGUGUGUGUGUGUGUGUGUGUGUGUGUGUGUGUGAGUGAGUGAUGGCCUGAACACACACGAACACACAAACACACAUUCAUGGUAUUAUUUGUGUGUUAUUCUAGAUUUUGAAGCAGGACCUGAGAGAGGUGUUUGCGGUGUAUGUGAACUUCGCCACUGAGCUGGAGAACCAGAGCAGGCUGCUGCUGGAGCAAGUCGGCCAAGCCAGCUCCGCCCUCCAGGGCCACCAUGGCAAUGACGUGCACAGUGAGUAGACUAUCUGUGGUCGGAUUUAUGACAUCACUCAAUCGAUGUGUGUCACUCUUAUCCCCUUGUACUUCUGCUUCUCUGUCUGUUUCUCAUUCUCUCACUCCCUUUGUCUUGCCUCUUUUUCUCUCUCUUUUUCUCUCUCUCUCUUUCUCCCAUUCUCAAGUAUCUUAUUUACCGUGCCCCUAGGCCGUAGUUAAGAGGUUGGUUACCUUGGGGAUAAUCCUCUCUCCCCCUCUAACCCCUCCCUCACCCAGCCCUCCAAUACGACUCUGUCAGCGAGGUUCGGCAAGGUUGUGUGGCCUGUCCUCUUCUGCGUCACCUGGUUGCCAUGGUGACAAGCUCUCUGUUGGGCUUGAGGAACUUAUCCCACGUGACUUGGUUAAACCUGGCUGUCUGUUGGGCCUGUGGGAAAAGCCCCUAGCCUAUAUAUACCUGACCCUAUUGGCUUUGUUUACCACAGGACCAGGGUCAGUUUUGUUGUUUGGCUUGAAAUAGUUUAUGUAGGUGUAAGGUAGUAGCGCUGAUCCCAAAUCAGUCAGCUUUUAGGCACAAAUAUUGUAUUUAUGAACCAGUAUCAUUUAUUACAAUUUAUUAAGCAUUAUUCAUGUAAUUUUUAGAUAAUGGAUUCAUAUUUUGCUGUUGCGAAUUCUCUGUUAAAAAAAUUAAUAUCCUGGGUUGGACCAUGCACUUGCAUCUCGAGCUACCCUUCAUUCAGGAAGGAUGUCAGAUGGGCUACCCAGCCUCCUAUCAAAACAAUGACUUUGAUUAAUCCAUCAACUGUCCCUGUAAGUCCGGCACAAUGAGAACACAAAUAACCCCUAAGGCUUAGCUCACGAACAGUACAUGUCAAAUACAAUAACCAUCAGCAGCAGGAGAGGAUCUCUUUCCUUAGCUCUUACUCUGCUUGUUGUAGCUGUAGUUUGCAUUCCCUAAGAGGAGGUUAGUUACAUGUCAUAGUAAAGAAUAGUGAGGAGGUCUGGCUCUUGAGACUAGAGUUCACCAUUCGCUUGUUUGAUGUCAGGUUGUCUGUCAUGUCGUCCAGAGGAUUCCAGGAGUUCUUGUAUCCCUUUGAUUGCUUAAUUGCAUGGCGUGUGAGUGUAUGAGUGGGUGUGUCCAUGUGUCCACUGAGAUUAAGGACUUGGGUCAAAAGGUCUUACCUGGACUAGGCCCAAUUAUUUGUGUUUCUCAUGGUAUGACAUUGCAUUUGGUAUUUGUAUUUAUUAUGGAUCCCCAUUAGCUGCUGCCAAGGCAGCAGCUACUCUUCUGGGGUCAUGCAACAUUAAGGCAGUUAUAUACAAUUUAAAAUAUUACAUGACAUUAUAUUUCAUAACACUUUACCCAAUAUAUUUAGUGUGUUCCCUCAGGCCACUACUCCACGAUCACAUAUUUACAAUACAACAUCCAUGUGUACGUGUGUGUAGAGUGAGUGUCUAUAUGUAUGUGUGUAUGUGCCUGUGUGUGUGUCUCUUCAUAGUCCCCGCUGUUCCACAAGGUGUAUUCUUACCUGUUAAAAAAACAAUCUGAUUCUACUGCUUGCAUCAGUUACCUGAUGUGGAAUAGAGUUCCAUGUAGUCAUGGCUCUAUGUAGUACUGUGCGCCUCCCAUAGUCCGUUCUGGCCUUGAAGAGACCUCUGGUGGCAUGUCUUGUGGUCCUCUGUAGCUCAAUUGGUAGAGCAUGGCGCUUGUAACGCCAGGGUGGUGGGUUCGAUCCCCGGGGACCACCCAUACGUAAAAAUGUAUGCGCACAUGACUGUAAGUCGCUUUGGAUAAAAGCGUCUGCUAAAUGGCAUAUUAUAUUAUUAUUAUUUGUGGGGUAUGCAUGGGUGUCCGAGCUGUGUGGCCAGUAUUCCAAACACACAGCUCGGUACAUUCAGCUCGUCGACACCUCUCACAAAAACAAGCAGUGGUGAAGUCAAUCUCUCUUCCACUCUGAGCCAGGAGAGACUGACAUGCAUGUCAUCAAUGUUAGCUCUCCAUGUACUUUUAAGGGCCAGCCGUGCUGCCCUGUUCUGAGACAGAUGCAAUUUUCCCAAGUCCCUCUUUGUGGCACCUGACCACACUACUGAACAAAAGUAGGGCCUGUAGUACCUGCCUUAUUGAUAGUGUUGUUAAGAAGGCAGAGCAGCGCUUAAUUAUGGACAUACUUCUCCUUAUCUUAGCUACUGUUGUAUCAAUAUGCUUUGACCAUGACAGUCUACAAUCCAGGCAUUGAGUGGCUUAGCCUGGCACAUGGAUGAUGUUACGGUCACGGCUUGUGCAACACCAUUGAAGCAACAACAAAAAAAGACCUCAUCAUUUGCCCUUCGGUUAUUAUAUAUGAUAGUGCUGUUAUUAUCUUGUUCUCUAUCUGUGUAUCUGUCCUCAGGUUUGCAGGCUCAGAUGGAGGCUCUAGAGCGCUCUCUACAGGAGGAGAAGGAGCGGAGCAGGACUGAGAGGGAGAGGAGGAAGAUACUUCACAACACCUUGGUGGUGAGGAUCUUGACUAUAUUUUAAUAGUCUACAGUGACUUCCUCCCUUUUCUGUCUCUGUCUCUCUGUUUCUCUCUCUUUCUCUCACUCUCUUUCUUUCUCUCUCAUUGUUGCUCUUCAGGAGCUACGGGGGAACAUCAGGGUCCACUGCAGAGUGCGUCCGGUCCUUCCCUUUGAUGAUGGCCAGGGAUCAACAUUAGCAAUAGGGUUAAUACCCAUAAAGUACUGUAUAUUUUAAAGGGAUACUUUGGAAUUUUGGCAAUGAUGCCCUUUAUCUACUUCCCCACAGUCAGAUGAACUAGUAGAUACCAUUUUUAUGUCUCUGUGUCCAGUAUGAAGGAAGUUAGAGGUAGUUUCUCGAGCCAAUGCUAACUAGCGUUAGUGCAAUGACUGGAAGUCAAUGGAUAUGUACUAGCAUGCUACCUUCAUACUGGACACAGAGACAUAAAAAUUGUAUCUACUAGUUCAUCUGACUCUGGGGAAGUAGAUAAAGGGCAUCAUUGCCAAAAUCCUGAAGUAUCCCUUUAAUUAGUGCAUUUAACAUCCUCUUAGUAACAGCAAUUUAGAACUGUACAGUUUUAUAAUAGUCAUGAUUGUUUUCUGUUCAGGCCUGCUACAACAGAAGAGGUGGUUCAGGCAGUUAAUGAUGUGAGUACAUGCAGUUUCAUCUAGUUAAAGGUCUGAUUUAUUGUUAGGUCUGUGAUUGGGUUGAAUGAGUCAUUCUGAAAUCGCCUGCCUGCCUCACCUAUUUCAUUUAUUUUGUUUUGCCUGUUUUUCAGGAUACAGUUGUUGUGAAUUGUACUAGAAUGGGGAACCCGGGGUUGAACAAGAUGUUUGAGUUUGAGAGGUAUUAUAACAUGUUAUAACAUGAUAAUAACUGUCCCUUGAUUAUUGUUGCUAUUCUAUAUUUACAUUCUGUCAGCAGUUGUAUUGUAGUAUGUGUCACAGCUUCAGAUGUAUGAAGCUUAUCAAGCAUGUGUUUCCAUGGUGUUGUGAUUGACAGGGUGCAUUGUCCUGAGGACUCCCAGGAUGCUGUGUUUGAGGAAGUGAAGCCUCUCCUCACCUCUCUGCUGGACGGGUGAGUUAAUAUGACCCUGUGCUGCUGAGGGGAAACACUGGUCGCUAAUUUAAUUGUAUUGCCUCCCUCACAGCAUCUCAGAACUCUAAAAUAUAUUUUAAAAGCCUACACCGUGUACCUCCUAUAUACAGUAGAGAUGAUUGCCUCAGAGAAUUAGUGUUGUGAUAGAACGCUCCAUUGAUCAGGACCAGAGGCAAAGCAGACAAUGUGAAACGUUAUUAAAUGGAGCGAAGCAGAAUGAGGAAAUAAAUCCAGUGAGACGACGUCUGAAUAACAAACAGCUGAGUUAAUAGAAACAGCAAGUGUUUAUUUCACAGACUGAUUCUCCUAUUGUUCGGUCAGGUAUAACGUGUGCAUCAUGGCGUAUGGACAGACAGGUAGUGGGAAGACACACACCAUGAUCGGCUCCCAGGCUGAGGACCACUCAGGACCACAGGGGGAGGCCCGGCAAGGCGUUAUUCCCAAAGCAGCCACUGAACUCUUCAGGUGAGAGAGAGAGAGAGAGAGAAUAAAAAGUGUGGUGUUUAUACUGGCGUUAGGGUGAUGAGAGAAGGAGCUAUACUUGUGUAUUUUUGUAUGUGUGUGUGCUAUCUGACAGGCUGAUAUCGGAGAAGCCUGCUGAGACUCACACAGUGGAGGUGUCUGUGGUGGAGGUGUACAACAACGAGGUGUUGGACCUGCUGGCUAAAGACGAGGACGGGGUUGCCAUGGGCGCCAAGAGAGAUGUCAUCACUACCAGCACAGGGACCAGCGAGGUGCCCUCACUCUCCUACGUGUGAGUGGUCCUUUACUGUUUGUGUGUGUGUGUGUGAGUGAUUAAUUGAGUGAGUAAUUAUGUACAGAGCCAUAUCUAUGGGAUUGGUAAUAGAAUAGUGACAGUUUGUGUGUGUGUGUGAGAUUUAUGUGAGUUGAAGUAUUGCUGACUGACUGUGUUCUCCUUCCAGGUUGGUGAGAAGCUCAGCAGAUGUGAUGCAGCUGAUCAGCUCUGUUCUGAGGCUGAGGGCUCGCUGCCCUACACUGGUCCACAGAGACUCCUCACGCUCUCAUCUCAUAGUCACCCUCACUGUCUCCUCCAAGAGCCCCAACGCACUGGCUCUGGGUGAGACACACAAACAUAUCUGAUUAUCAAAUUGUAUUUGUCACAUACACGUGUUUAGCAGAUGUUAUAGCGGGUGUAGCGAAAUGCAUGUGCUUCUAGCAGUGCAGUAAUAUCUAACAAGUAAUAUCUAACAAUUUCACAACAUAUACCCAAUACACACAAAACUAGUAAGGAAUGGGAUUUAAGAAUAUAUACAUAUAUAUAUGGACAAGCAAUUGCAGGUAGCGAGUGUAACACAAUGUCUUAGUGCUAUUGAUUGAUUGAUUUCUUGCCAUGAUAUCUUGCCGCUAUAUUCCUUUAUUGACUGUGUUUGUGGUGCUGUGCUGUCUAGCUCGUAGGUUGCAAAGCGUCAAGAAAGACAUGCAGCGCAAGGCCCAGAAGGAGUGGUGGAGCCCCCGCUGUCGCCGUGCCAACCCAAUGGCCCGCCAAUCGGGGGACGAGCGUUCCACUAGCUCCUCCUCCUCGCCCUACCACUCCCCCAGCCACUCUCCCAUUCACUCCUCUUGCCCCUCCCCCAGAGCCAGCACCGCCCAGGCUCCCUUCAGGACCAAACUACAGCUGGUGGACCUUGCAGGUAGCGAGUGUGUGGGUGAGUCGUGAAAACAAUGCCAAACUCAUCCACCAUGGUCUGUGAUUGUUGUGUAGCAACAGUGUUCUGUCCGGUGGUGUAGGGGGGAUGACUAUGUGCAUGCUGUGUGUGUAACUGUUUGGACGUGUGUUUGUGUAACUGUAGGUAUGUCAGGGGUGACAGGCGCUGCCUUGUGGGAGACGUCGUGUAUAAACCGCAGUCUGUCUGCUCUGUCUGACGUACUGGGAGCUCUGGCAGAGCAACGGCCACAUGUGCCCUACAGAAACAGCAAGCUCACACACCUACUGCAGGACGCCAUCGGUAACACAUACACACACACAGACAGUUUGUUCUUUUCCUUGACUGCAGUUGAUAAUGACUAACCAUUCUCCUCUCCCCUCUCUUCUCUAUCCUCUUCUCCUUCUCCAAUAGGUGGGGAUGCGAAGCUGCUGGUGAUGCUGUGUGUCUCUCCCACCCAGAGGUAUAUGACUGAGUCUCUACAGUCUCUGGGCUUCGGCACGCGGGCUCGCCAGGUCCAAAAAGAUACCCCUCGCAGGAAGAACAUUGCCCUCAAACUGAAGUAAUGAAAGGAGAGCAGAGCAGAGGAGUAUAGAAGAGAAAGG